GAACGUCAUUGCGCAAACGCAGAUAGAACAGAAAAAACCACAUACAUACAAAUAUAUUACUUAAAUGUCGCUGCGAAUCACUUAUGAUAAUUAAAAUAUACAAAUGAGGAUUAGAGAUAACAAUAACAGUAACGUUUUCUAUAAAUUUAUUUUAUUUAGCUUUACAAUUAUUAUUAUAUGUGAUAACAAUUAUUAUGAUAAUAUUUGUUAAUUGGCGUUGAAUAUGACGUGGAAUCCUUUAAAGAAAAACUAUCUAACCCAGAGACCAAGUUUUGCGUCACCGCUUUUAUCCCAUGUGGAAGAUCAAGAAUUAGAUCUCGUUGUUCAAAGACUCAUCUAUAUUGAAAACACAAUAAGAAAAUUAACUAAGGAAAUGAAGAAAUAUAUAGGAGCUUUGGUAAAUUUGGAUAGAGCGGAUCAACGAUUAAGUAUGAAUCUCAUCAGUUGUGGGUUAACUCAGAGUAAUGAUGAGUACAGAAGAAUAGUGGAGGAGUACUUUUCUGUUGCUACACAAGUAGGAAAAAAUGUUCAAGAAAUGACUAAUUUGUGCCAUAAGACCUUUAUAGAACCUCUGAAAAAAUUUAGAAAUGAAUUUGUCACUAUUGCUGCGGCGUUAACAAAGCGCGAAGAUCUAGUGGCUACAUGGAAAUAUUUAUACAAUCGUGUAAAGAAGCUGCAAGAGAAGAAAGAUAGAACUGCGAGUCAUAUCGCGAAAUUGGAGAGAGAACGCAGAGCCGAGGAAGCGGCCUCUAAAGAAUUGAAGACUGUACACGCUCAAUUACUCACAGAGUUACCGGCGUUUCUCGAAAAAAGAUUAGAAUACAUCAAUCCGAGCAUUCACGCUGUGAUUAUGAUACAAUUAAAUUAUUACGGACAUACAACGCAAUUGUAUACCCAGUUGAUGCCCGUUCGGUAUUCUUUCGAAUUUGCAUUGAACUCGACAGUAACUGAAGAAGAAUAUCAACAAGUUGUAAGCACCGAACUGAAUAGGUUGAGAGCAUUAGCUAUAGUGAAGGACCAUUAAAUAAAUGUAACACUUUUCCAGAAAUAUUUCUAAAACUAUAUAACUUUAAACAUAUAUAUUUAAGACAAGAUUAUUUUCAAAUAAAAAUAUAUAUUUCUUUG